AAGCAACAUGGCGAACGCGAGAACAAACCAAAACACAGCACCUUGUUUCCAGAAAAACCGCGAAGUUCAGCUCCAUGAAGGUGCUUUAGUGUGGAAUGAUGGUCAGCUCUCUUACGUUGGACAAGAUUGCUUUGAAAUACCCCCUGUUUUAGGGACUACGUACGGUCCUUUGACGAAAAGAUUGGACGUUAGUUUUAAUGCUUUAAGGUGCCUUGACACUUUAGAUCAGUUUACUACCUUGGAGGAGUUAAUUCUUGACAACAACGACUUGGAGGAUGAUGCAUCUUUUUGUCACAAUCCUCAUCUUCAAACUUUAUCUGUCAACAAGAACAAGUUCAAAGACUUGGAGAAACUACUGAUUCAAUUAGCGAGAUGUUAUCCUAAUCUGUCCUAUCUUAGUCUCCUUGGAAACCCUGCCUGUCCAGAUCAGUUAACGAACAGUGACAAAGACGAAGAAGACUACCAGAGAUAUAGGUACUACGUAAUUCAUAAAUUGCCCAAACUGAAAUUUCUGGAUUCGACCCGCGUCAAGAACCGUGAAAUACAGGAAGCACAGAGAAUUGGUUUUCUAAUGAAGAUAGCUCGACCAGAAAUGACCGACUGGUGUGAGGAGGCUGUGGAAAACCUUAAAGCUGAAUCAAGUCGGUUUUCUCCAUUACCUAGAAACACCCCUCCAGAAAGUAGUCGUAUAUGUGCUUAUGGAAAAAUUCGACAUCAUUAUUCUGGUAAAAAUUCAGAGGGAAACAGAUUUAUCCGAAACAAUGAACUCUAGCUAACAAUGUUUAGUUCUGGAAUACACCACUAGUCUGUGAUAACAUCUUCGUAAAAUGGUCGUCAGUAUAUAUGAUAUAAUUCUUCUCUUAAUGUCAACACUUCGUAAUUCCAUGUAUAUCUUCUAAAGACUUUAGUUUAAAUUGACUCAUGUAUAUUUGCACAGAGGCUAGAAGCUGUCGUCGCAUUUCUCUUGUUAAUAGGAAAUAAAUAUUUGAUAUUUAAUGUCAGUUACUAUAUCUAUAAUACCAAAACCUUAAGUUAAAUGAGUGAACUACCUCUACUAGGCCUAACUAGUAAAAGCAUUGGAAAAUCAGCUUCAAAGGAGAUAAAGUCAUUACAUCAUACAUGGUUUGAAAUGUAAUGUUGUUAAUAAAAGGCUGUUUUUUUUAACCAAA